GAGAGGCGCUGCCCGGCUGGGCACGGCGGUGAGGAAGAGGAGCGGGAGGAGCUGGGGACACCGCCGGCGGCGCGGAGGGGACCGCUGUCUUUGCAGGGAGGAGCCCGGGGCUGCGUGUCCCCGUUCCCCGGCAUCGCCCGGCCCCAGCGGCUCCCAGGCGCGGCCGCCUCCGCCGGGACAGCCCCGAGGCGCCGAGCCGGGGGCACGGCCGGGAGCGACGGGAGCGAGCCCCGCCCGCAGCUGCAGAAAGUCCCGGGGCCCUCAGUGCCUGCAUUUCUUCAAAGGGCCGGCUCAGCUGCGGGGUAGAAAACGCCACAAAGUUUUCGUGUUUUGGAGGGACUUUCAAACGGGUGCCGAAGCCUGGCUGAGCCGAGAGGUGCCGGCUCGUUCCGGGAGGCUGUGUGUGGAGGCAGCGGAGCGAGCCCUAAUCGCUCAGAGGCACUGCCGUAAGCCCAGCUGUUCUAUCUCGUCACCAGGGCUAAUCCAUGCCCCAGUGUGGGUUUAAGCCUGCUGUGCCAGUUUAGAGGGCUUGACUUCAAGCCUCGUCCUCCUCCCGGUACCUCUCCUGUCGCCCCGAGUCCGCCCGUCCGCCCGAGCAGCGGGAGCGCUGGUGCCAAAGCAAAGACACACAGAGCAUUAUGUCAUUGGCAUCCUGGUUCAGGUGGAAUGAGCCCCCAAACCGCAUUUCCCAGAGGAACCCCACAGAAAUGGUGGUGGAAACGCUCAUGAUGGAGCUGAGCUGGCAGAUCAAGCAGGCAGAGAAGCAGCAGCGCGAGCGGGAGAACGAAUACCGCAAGAUCAAGACCGGGGUGGACUACGGCUGGCUGGUCAGCUACCCAAAGCAGAGCUACGACAUCAGCCCCGGAGAACGGCUGCAGCUGGAGGACAUGUGCACCAAAAUACAUCCUUCCUACUGUGGGCCUGUCAUACUCAGGUUCAGGCAAGUUGUUGCGGAGUACGAACCAGAAGCGCAGGAAGUAUCCCGGCUCUUCCGCUCCGUCCUGCAGGAAGCUGCUGAGAAGAUCAAAGAGGAGGAAGAGGCCAAGAAGCUUGCAAGGCAAUGGAACACAAAGAACAGAACCAGCCUCUCCUUAACAACAUUUAAAUCUCGGUCCAGGAUUUCCCCAUUCAUCAGUGACAUCAAGACCAUCUCAGAGGAUGUGGAACGGGGCACCCAGCCCAACAGGAGGGUUUGGAGCAUGCCAGAAUUUAGGAACACCAAGGAUUUCUGACUCUAUACUAAAUAAGGUUUUUAGACACUGAUCUUUCAAAAAUCCAGUUAACCCUUUUUUAACUCUACUGUUUCUUCUUUUUUCCAUCUCUCUUUUCCUGCCUGUCUCUGUCUUGGAAGCUGUGUCCGUAGUAACCGCUGCAGAUGCCUGCAGUCUGUGACACCAUUUAUUACCAAACAUGGUAGCUUUUCCUUUGACUCAGUAGCUAUCCAGUAACCUUAAGGACAAGGCUCACUUACUAUCUCGUUUUUAUUACUGCUUUCUUGUGGAAAAUGAAUUAGUUUUGCUAUGUCUGUUUUCUCCCUUUCCCCUCCAGCCUGGAUGUAGUUAUCUAUAAAAAUGUUUGGCUCAAGCUACUGAGAGCUGCUGGCUCCUCCAAUCUUGCUGAAAGCAAGACAGCCACCUAAAUGAGUGAGGCUUGCAGGAUCAGGCUUGUGAGCUAAAGCUAGUAUCUGAUUUGGAACUGAACUUCCUUUUCCAACUAAUAGCCUUCCUCAGUGCUACAACAAACUUCACAGGUAACCUCAGCACUGCUCUUGAUCCGCUUUUUUGCUGACAGUUCACAAUCCAACCUGAGUAGAAACAGGCCCAAGCUUUUUGAGAUUAAAGACCAAUCAUGUUCCACAACCACCAGUUUAUGCAUGUUCAAGUUUCUUGGGUACUUUCUCUUUUGUGCAGGCAGAACCCCCAGAACUUUGCACUUGCAGAGUAGAUAGAAAUUUAUCAACCUGCUGUGUAGAUAGGCAGGUGGAUACCUCAGUGCUGUGUUAAGUGCUGCUCUGGGGCCUCAGUGCUCUGUGUUGCUGAGAAGUGCUCCACCCUACACCCCAGAAAUAAGUCAGAAAUCACCCUGCUCUGCAGAAAUUAAUGUUUAUGGCCAAGCCUGAAAGAGGGCUGAAGUAGAGUGGCCAUGUAAAGGGAAGGGUGAAGGGACUAAGCAUUCAUCUCCAGUGAUGUACAGUGGCAACAGUUGAGAUCAUGUGAACUUUUUGCUGCUGUGAGUGACUGAAGUGGUCUGGCAGAUGAAGGUUCUUCUGAGACCUUGAAGAGACAGGAAAAUGCCACUAAGGAAAAGCUGCUAAGGCCCUAACGCAGCAUCAGCAGGGAGAGCUCGCACCAGCAAAGGGAACAGCAGGGCACACUGUGAAAGUCGAGUGUCCUGCAGAGAACCCAAGGGCUAGGAUGCUUUGUGGUGACCAACGGGAGAUGGGGAACGAAGAGAGGGAUUUGCUUGGAUGACUGGCUUUUUGGGAAUCAUCUUAGUGGGGUAUAGCCUCCUGGAGGACCCUGUAGCUUUGUUGUUCUUUUGUCCGUUUCCAGCUAUUUUUCCCUGGGGAUCUUUGCAACAGCAUGUGGGUUCUACAGCCAAGAUUAAAACCCUCUGAAGCUGUGCCAGCUCUGGGAAGAAUUCCAGUACAUUAAAUCUAUCCUAGACUAGAAAUGUGCAGCUUCUUCCAGAGAUAGAGGAAGGCAUCAUAAAACAAAGGUUGAGAUCAACCCCCUAAGAGCUCUCUGAGACUGGGAUUCUGACUCUUCCUCUCUCCCCUCUGGGCUAUGUAAGAUUGAAGAUAAGGCUUUCUUAGUAGCACCAGGCUGCAGUUUCUAUCCCUUGGUAAACAUUGCUCCCAGCAACCCUGCUAGGGAGAGAAAGCAGCUCACUUUUAAUCAAAAAGUCAGGGCUUCCAAAUACAGCAUCCAGUUUGAGACAGGCUAUUCCAAGUUUAGGUCAAUGAGGGAGAGUUUAAAGCCUUCUGACAAUCAGCUUAGUAUUUUUCAGCCAUAUGUCCUUGUGAAGUAACGUGACUGCAUACAUGAAGUAAAAACCAAGGCUAGAUAUACUUAGCAUAACCUUAGCUGUCUAGAAGAUGUAGGAUCUCUAGCAAGGGGUCACCACAAUUUGCAGAAACAAUUCUUGUUUGGAAAAGAGUCAGCCAUAUUUUUUUAUAUAUUUGCAAGCCACUGUAUGGUACUGAAGACUGAGAUGAGUUCAUGAAUUUCAUGCUGCAGCUCUGUAUUCAUUUUAUUUGCACUUAUGUUCUGUUUGACACCUUCAGUAUUGACUGCAUUGAUGAGAUGUUUGAUGGACUGCUGGGAGACACGGGACCUUCUGACACACUGCCACAAAGCUCUUUGUUACAGCACAGGGUCAGUAGCAUGCUCACUCUUUCUUAAGGAGAAUCAGCAGUAAGUACCUUCCCUGCAGCAAUGUAAAAGCCGAGGAGAUCACUGAUGGGUGUUCACACUAUCACAGUAGCCUGUGAUUGUGCUGUGUCCUUCAUUAACAGCUUCCAGCUGGCAGACACCAUUCUUGUGCAGCAAAGGAGGCAGAGCUGACCUUUAGUCCAAGCCCUGCGUUUUACAGAGGCCAGGCUGUGGCAGUGCUUGUGACAGCUGUUUUGCCUCAACUUACCUAUAAUUUAUAAUUCCACAAUAAAACACGAUCCAAACUCUUGAACAGUAGUAUCACUCUCCCUUUACUACUUCUGAAAGUUACACUGGGCUGACAGUAGGAUCUGAUGGUAGAGGGAUAUUCAGAGACCAAGCUAUGAGAGAUCUAUUCUUAUUCCACGCUAUCUAGUACCCUUACAGGGGUAGAAGUAGUACCCUGUUUGACUGCAGCCAGCUGCUUGGACACUGACUGUGAGCUCCUGCAUUGUGCAUGCAGCAGCAGGUACUGAAGCAGAGCUGCGAGGUGAUCAGGGUGCACAACUGCUGCACUGCUCCUGGUGCUCAUUUUUCUUAGAAAUGCUGCACACUGAACCUUAAAUGAUCCUUUGGUCUCAGCAUGCAGCAAAAAUCAUGCACUCAUGUUUGCCUUGUCCUAAUUCCACAUUUGGCAUGGCUAAAUUAGUGUCAGUUUAAAUGAGGAGCAUGAAACUCCUGACUGUUCCCACCUACUGUGCUGUGGUCCGUGGCACUGGGCACACACAGCAGGGUAACCAGAUUGUUUCUGCCUAAAGCCAACCCAAAUGAUCCAUUGCAGGUGGCUCACAAACCAUAAAUCUGGACUAAUGGUGGUCUGAAACAAACUCUUGUGAAAAUUGUAUAGUGUGAAGAUAUGGUCCUCACUGGUAACUGUCUGACUCCACAGCUCUGUUCCUCCUGGGCUGCACUACUUGCUAGUGUAGAAAAACAAACAAAAAAUCUUGAUGAGACCCUCUCAUCUGUUUUCAGCACCUCCUGAGAGCUCAUCCUGUGUGUUAAUUCUUUAAGGAGAAUGAAACAUUCACUAUCAGCACGUCAUCAUUAACAAGCAGAAGUGAACUGAAUCAUUCUCAAUCCUCAAACAUUCUUUCAGAACUGAGCAAGGCUUUUGGUAUCAGCUCAGAGCAGCCCUGUUGCUCCGUUGCUGAGUGUUGUGCUGUCCAAAGGACAUUGUCACACCCAGGAAAAAGCAGUCCUAGGUUUGCUAUAACUGCUAAUAAGUAAUGGCAGCAGCUCAGCUACACUGCCCAGCUUCCAGGGGCUGGCACUCCUUAGAGCCUCUGCUGUCCUGAGGGAGGCUGUGCAGCCCUGCUCCUGUGGCUUCUAGAGAUGAGCCUGGCCAUGGGCUGUGCCAGCCAGAAAGGAUGUGCAGGCAGGAGCUGAGAUUCCUUACCCACAGCAGCACAGAGUUCAGGCAGCUGUCAUGCCAUGGGGAAUUGGAAUAAGCUCUGAGGGAAAUACCUGUCUGCUGACACUGCACUGUUUAUACAUGUCAACCUGGAACCUUGGAGAAUUAAAGUAAAGCUGUGGAAUAUAAGCCAA